CACUUCAGCUGGUCACUGCAGGCACGGUCGGCCCAUCCCGCAGCCCACCAAGCCUCGCUGCCAGGCGCGACUCGGCGACUCCGUUCCGCCGAGAGUGCCGAGACCGCGCGAUUCAACCCACCUGCGCCGCGCGCCUCCCGCGGUCCCGCCACCUCCUCCAUGCCGCGCCCGCCGCCUGCUCGACGGGAUGCCGCGCCCGAGCUCGCCGCUCUCCGCUUCCCUCUUCAACUCCCUCAUCGCCUCCCGCGCCCGCGCGGGCCGCGCCGCAGACGCCCUCUCGCUCCUCGCGCGCAUGCUCGCGGCCGGCGUCGCCCCGACCGCGUUCACCUUCGCGCCGAUCCUGUCCUCGCCCUCGCUCAGCGCCCGCUGCGCCGCGCAGCUGCACACGCACAUCCUCAAGAGAGGGUUUCUCCACGGCGAGCCGUACUCGGGAACCUCACUGGUGGGGUACUUCGGGCGGAGCGGACGGUUCGAUGACGCGCUCAAGGUGUUCGGGGAAAUGGCUGUAAGGAGCGUGAUCACCUGGAACUGUCUCAUCUCUUCGUUCGUGCAGUUUGGACGCGCCCACGAUGCCGUGUUCUGGUUCAGGGGGCUUGUGCGAAGCAGCGAUGGCCUGUCUGACGGCUCUCUUGUUGCAGUGUUGCCUGUCUUUGGGUCGCCGGAGCAAGUUCAUGGUCUUGUGAAGAAAAUUGGAAUGGAUUCAUUCUCCACAGUUUCAAAUUCCUUGCUGAAUUCGUAUUGUGCAUGCUGUAGUAUGCAUAUGGCAGAGAAAUUGUUCGAUGAGUUGAUGUUUAGAGACGUGGUUUCUUGGAAUACAGUGAUAACCAGUUUUGCUAGGAGCAACGUCCCAGAGAGAGCUUUUGAGCUUUUCUUGAGUAUGCAACGUCAAGGUGUUUUGCCAAAUGAAAUGACAUUUGCCAGUGCUCUUUAUGCUUGCACCAGUUUGAAUGGACACGAGCAUGGGAAGUUUAUUCACGCAAAAGCUAUCAAGCACAAUCUCAGUACUAGUGUGUUUGUAAACACUUCACUGGUCGAUUUCUAUGCAAACUGUAUUAGUAGGAGGGAUGCUCAUAAAGUUCUUGAAGAGAUUCCUGAUAAUAGCACCACAUGUUGGAAUGCUCUGAUUUCUGGUCACUCAGAUAGUGAUGACUCAACUUCUUUCGUUAUUCUGAGAGAUAUGUUACGAUCAGGGAUUAUACCGAAUGAAGUUACCUUUUCUUCAUCUCUCAAGGAUCCAUCACUUUUGGAUCUCUGGCAGAUUCACUCAUUGGUCACAAGAUUGGGUCAUGGUGGUAAUGACUAUGUUUCAAGUGCUAUCAUAUCUUCGUAUGCUUCUCAUGGCAUUGUUUCUGAUGCCUUGGCGUAUGGAGUUGCACUGGAUCCUGACUCUUGUAGUGUUUCCAUGAAUGUUUUAGCUGGGGUCUAUAAUAAAGCUCGUAUGUACCAAGAAACUAAGGAGCUACUUUUACAUCAGCAAGGUAGUGAUACUAUUUCGUGGAGCAUACUUAUCACUGCUUGUGCACGGAAUGGUGAUUGUGUCGAGGCUUUUGGAUUUUUUAAACAGAUGAGACUUUUGGGGCAUCAUUUUGAUAACUAUGUAUUUGUGAGCUUGCUGAGCAUUUGUACAAAGAACAACAGCCUUGAUCUCGGUAAGUUGAUUCAUGGGCUUGUCAUCAAGACCAGUUCUGGCUGCUCUGACACUUAUGUUGAUAAUAUGCUGCUAGAUAUGUAUGCUAAAUGUGGUAGAAUUGAAGACUGUCUGAAAGUCUUUGAGGAAAUGGAAGAUAGGAACCUUAUCUCAUGGACAAUUGUGAUUUCUGGCCUUGGACUUAAUGGUUUUUCUCAUAAGGCCUUGGCAUGGUUUAAAGCCAUGGAAAAGGAUGGCUUGAAACCUGACAAAGUAGCAAUUCUAGCAGUUCUUUCAGCUUGUAGACAUGGUAGACUUGUGCAGGAGGGAAUGAAGAUAUUCAAAAAUAUGAAAGCUGAUUAUGCCAUUGAAGCUGGGAUGGAGCAUUACAUUUGUGUGGUGGACAUGCUGUGCAAGUGUGGUCAUUUGAAAGAAGCUGAGGUUGUGAUAAGAGGCAUGCCUUUCCGACCAAGUACUGUCAUAUGGCGCACAUUCCUCCAAGGAUGCAAAACAUAUGGUGUAAUAGAAACACAAGUGUUUAGGUAGUAUGGAUCAGAUGGAGUUCCGCUUGAUAAAAAAUGGAGGUGUGCCUUUUCUCAGAUGAAUCCAUCAAUUUUUUUGCUGUUAGUUUAAUAUUUAGAUUGUACUGGUUUUCAAGUUCAUUUUUGGUUGGCUUUGCACAUAAUGAAGAUACCACAAGAAUAUAAGAUCACCUCACGUCA